GAGGACAUGGCUGCUCACGUGGGAGCGUCCCGAACGCCUCAGGAGGUGAUGGAACACUAUGUGAGCAUGUAUAUUCAUGGCAACCUGGGAAAAGCCUGCAUCCCUGACACUAUUCCCAACAGAGUAACGGAUCACACGUGUCCCAGCGGCGGCCUUUCCCUCCCCCCCCCCCCCCCGCCGUUGGAUAUAUCGGUGGCCGAGCAGCAGCAGUUGGGAUACAUGCCGCUUCGAGACGACUACGAGAUCGAAUAUGAUCAAGACGCGGAGACUCUGAUCAGCGGCCUUUCGGUGAACUAUGAUGACGAUGAUGUGGAAAUAGAGUUAAAAAGAGCUCACGUAGACAUGUACGUCAGGAAACUCAAGGAGCGGCAACGGCGGAAGAACAUCGCGCGAGACUAUAACUUGGUACCGGCCUUUCUGGGGAAGGACAAAAAGGACAAGGAGAAAGCUCCCAAACGAAAGAUCACAAAAGAAGAGAAGGAGUUGAGGCUAAAACUGAGGCCUCUGUACCAGUUCAUGUCUUGUAAGGAGUUUGAAGACUUCUUUGAGAACAUGCACAAGGAGAGGAUACUUAGAGCAAAGAUUAGGGAGCUGCAGCGGUAUCGUCGAAAUGGAAUCACCAAAAUGGAAGAGUCAGCAGAAUACGAGGCAGCCAGGCACAAACGGGAAAAGAGGAAGGAGAACAAAAACAUAGCUAGUUCCAAGAGAGGGAAGGAAGAUGGUAAAGAAGGCGAAUUUGCUGCGAUUGAAAACCUGCCUGGCUUUGAACUCUUAUCGGACAGGGAGAAGGUGCUCUGCAGCUCUCUAAAUUUGAGUCCGGCACGUUAUGUUACUGUAAAAACAAUAAUCAUUAAAGACCAUCUCCAAAAAAGACAAGGAAUUCCUUCAAAGAGUCGCCUUCCCAGUUACUUAGAUAAGGUACUGAAGAAAAGGAUUUUAAACUUUCUAACAGAAAGUGGCUGGAUAUCCAGGGAUGCUUCAUGA